UCUUCCAGCAGUAUUUAUCUUGUUAAUAUCCUUUCAUCUGUUCAUCAGCACAUCAUCUUGGCCAGUGAUAAGUCAUGUAGAUAUAGAGAGAGAGAGAGAGAAAGAGUUGCUAAAUUGAGAAAUAACAUCUGAGUUUGAUGGUUAAGGAAAAGGCAUUUUAGAAUAUUACAACCAAACAAGAUUGUGAGUCUGCCCAUUCCUUCACAGCCUGUGGGAGAGGCCUUGAAAUCAGUGUGAGCCGACAACUAGUGAUAAUUCCUCGUUAUCUCACCAUGUGAGAUUCUUCCUCUUCCUCUCUCUCACUACUUCUUCAUCUCUAGUUUGUGUCUCUCUUUCUGCAUUAUUCUCUCUCUAGCUUUACUCUGCUCCAUUGUCUCUACGAUGUGGGAUUCGGAGGCUGAGUCCGGGCGGGAUGUCUACGGCAACGGAGUCCCUUCCGCCGCAAAACCCGGCGUCCGAACCGAUGGGUUCGAGCAACGAGGCCAGUCUUGGUACGUCGCAACAGAUAUCCCUAGUGAUCUAUUGGUCCAAAUUGGAGACAUCAGCUUCCAUUUACACAAGUAUCCGCUCCUCUCGCGGAGCGGGAAAAUGAACAGAGUGAUAUACGAAUCACCCCGCGAAACGGAGGCGAACCGAAUCAACCUAGAUGAUCUCCCGGGCGGCCCGGAGGCUUUUGAACUGGCUGCAAAAUUCUGUUACGGGAUCGCGGUUGAUCUAAACGCUGCGAACAUCUCCGGGCUGAGAUGCGCGGCCGAGUAUCUCGAGAUGACGGAGGAUUUGGAGGAAGGCAACCUGAUCUUCAAAACGGAAGCCUUCCUCAGCUACGUCGUCCUCUCGUCUUGGCGAGACUCCAUCCUGGUGCUGAAGAAUUCCGAGAAGCUCUCGCCGUGGGCGGAGAAUCUUCAGAUUGUCCGGAGGUGUAGCGAGUCGAUCGCUUGGAAGGCGUGCGCCAAUCCGAAGGGCAUCCGGUGGCAGUACACGGGGAAGCAGCAUCGCUCCUCCGUGUCGAGCCCCAAAUGGAAUGAAUUAAAGGACUCCAGCCCCAGCAGGGGGAGUCCUGUUCCCCCUGACUGGUGGUUUGAGGACGUGUCGAUCCUGCGGAUCGACCACUUCGUCCGCGUUGUCACCGCCAUCAAAGUCAAGGGGAUGCGCCACGAGCUGGUCGGGGCGGCCAUCGUGCAUUACGCGACGAAAUGGCUCCCGGGCUUCGCUCGUGACUCCCCCCUUGACGAUGGGAGCAAUAGUACUUUUAGCAGCGACAGCGGCGGCGGAGGGCCCCUUUCCAGCUCCUGGAAAGGGGGCCUCCACAUGAUCGUGGCCGGCGCGAAAGAUGAUAGCGUGCCGGCCGCGGUCCAGGCGAAGGAUCAGAGGAUGAUCGUGGAGAGCCUGAUCAGCAUCGUGCCGCCGCAGAAGGACAGCGUAUCGUGCAGCUUCCUUCUGCGGCUGCUGCGGAUGGCGAACAUGCUGAAGGUGGCGCCGGCGCUGGUGACGGAGCUCGAGAAGCGCGUCGGGAUGCAGUUCGAGCAGGCAACGCUAGCGGAUCUUCUCAUACCGGCUUAUAACAAGAGUGACACGAUGUAUGAUGUGGAUUUGGUGCAGAGGCUUCUCGAGCAUUUUCUAGUGCAGGAGCAGUCGGAGGGGUGCAGCCCCGGGCGGCAGUCGUUUUCCGACACGAAAAUGUACGACGGGGCGGCGAGGGGUGCGAACCCGAAUGCGAAGAUAAGGGUGGCGCGGCUCGUAGACGGAUACCUCACGGAGGUGUCGAGGGAUCGGAACUUGUCGCUGACGAAGUUUCAGGUUUUGGCCGAGGCGCUGCCCGAAUCGGCUAGGAGUUGCGACGAUGGAUUGUACCGGGCCAUCGAUUCUUAUCUUAAGGCACAUCCGACUCUAACGGAGCACGAGCGGAAGAGGCUGUGCCGCGUGAUGGACUGCCAAAAACUGUCGAUAGAUGCGUGCAUGCACGCGGCCCAGAACGAGAGGCUCCCGCUGCGGGUGGUGGUGCAGGUGCUCUUCUCGGAGCAGGUGAAGAUCAGCAACGCCAUCGCCGGGAGCAGCCUCAAAGAGGGAGGCGGCGAGUCCCACUAUCAGCCGCUUAUACCCAACCGGAAAACACUGCUGGAGGGGACCCCACAGUCUUUUCAGGAGGGUUGGGCGGCGGCGAAGAAGGACAUCAACACUCUCAAGUUCGAGCUCGACAGCGUCAAGGCGAAGUACUUGGAGCUCCAAAACGACAUGGAGACGCUGCAGAAGCAGUUCGACAAGCUGACGAAGCCCAAGCAAGCGUCCCCGUGGACGGCUGGCUGGAAGAAGCUCAGUAAGCUUGCUAAGGCUCAUGAACAUAACGACGGCGGGCAGAUGCUGCCCGCCGCAGAUGUCCCAAGGAAGACAGCUCCUAGGAGAUGGAGGAAUUCUAUUUCAUGAACCAUAUAUCUAUCAAUUAAGCAUGUGCAUUUUGUGUUUUUUUUUUGCCUUUGAAUUUUGUUGAUAGAAUGAUCCUCUUAGGGUCGAGAGAGUUGACCGAUCCCACUGUUGGCUUAUAGGCCCAAAAAUUUCGUUAAAUUUGGUUUUUGGAGCUGCUAACAAUCUCAUUGUGCGGCAGCUUCUUCUUUCCGACAUCAGUGACGACCUUCUUGACUGUGUGGUCAACUUCACGAGUUUCGUUUCUUGGAUCCACCAAUUGUUUGUUGUGUUUUUGUGCCUGGUCCAUGAAAUUCCACACAAAUUGUUUUU